CCCCUAACAUUCACUUUACGGUCGCAGUUCUGCACAUUCUCCAGCAGCAGUCAAAGCAACGGACGGAGAGCAGCGGACACCCAGUGUGACGGAUUACGGAAUAUACAGGGGACAUUUUCUCACAUUUCUCCUCCCGCCGAGCGUCCAGCCUGCUUGUUAAGUGUCAGCAUGUCCAGUGAGGUGCAGCCGAGGCCGGACGACAGCCCCAACACGAGUGGGGGCAGCUCGGACGCCGAGCAGAGGGAGGCGGCUCCACAGGAGCAGCCGGGCCCCGAGCAGCGGGACCAGACCCAGCCCAAGAAGAAGGAGGCCAAGAUCUCCAGCAAGACCGCCGCCAAGCUCUCCACCAGCGCCAAGAGGAUCCAGAAGGAGCUCGCAGAGAUAACCUUGGACCCGCCGCCAAAUUGCAGCGCCGGUCCUAAAGGAGACAACAUCUACGAGUGGAGGUCGACCAUCCUGGGCCCUCCCGGCUCCGUGUACGAGGGAGGAGUCUUCUUCCUGGACAUCGCCUUCACACCAGACUACCCCUUCAAACCACCCAAGGUGACGUUUCGUACGAGGAUCUACCACUGUAACAUCAACAGUCAGGGGGUGAUCUGUCUGGACAUCCUGAAGGACAACUGGAGUCCUGCCCUCACCAUCUCCAAGGUCCUGCUGUCCAUCUGCUCCCUUCUCACUGACUGCAACCCUGCCGACCCUCUGGUUGGAAGCAUCGCCACACAGUACCUGACCAACAGAGCCGAGCACGACAGGAUAGCCAAACAGUGGACCAAACGCUACGCCACAUAGACCUGCACGCCUCCUCCUGGAACUCCCUCUCCCUACCUAAAGGCUGAUUUAUACUUCUGCAUCAAAUUGACGGUGCAGCCUACGCCGGGGGUCCGCGUAGCUCCCGUACCUACACAGAGGCCUACGCACGUAGCUGACGCUCACCUCCUCCAAAAUGUAACUACACGUAGAAUCAACGCGGACCGCAAGCCCUGUGAUUGGUCCGCUCAGCGGCAUUGUGUUUCCCGCAUUUACAGGACUUCCGGGAUCCCGGACAUCGGCCGCACAUCGGCCGUGUAUUUCAUCUCCUCCUCUCUAUUCUUCAUGUAAUCAUGUCUGUAUGAUAAACAGCAACAUGUAUCAGCUGUAGAUUAACAUAACACGCUCUGAAUCUCUGUGGAAAAGUAAACAGAGAUCGUAGCGGGACCGGAAGCAGGCGACCGGAUAUCAGAGAGACCGCACUGCCCUCUAGUGUUUCAGAGGAGUAUUGCAGCGAGACACGGACACAUCGGCGCACAAGUAUGUGGUGCUCAUGUCCGUGUCAGCCCCUGCUGCGUAGGGGAGACGCAGAAGUAUAAAUCAGCCUUAACACACACACACACACACACAAAGCCCCCCACACACACACACACCUCCCCUCCUCAUGAAUCUAUGGAAGCACACCCGCUCCUGUCAUCCACCCCUCCCCCGCCCCGGAGAAACGAACUGUUAUUUGUUCCAUGCUGACUUGAAAAGCUUCUUUUUUAUACAAAGAGUCUAUUGGGAUUGUAUUUUCCAAUACACUGAAUGUUGAUAUGGUCAUGAAAAGCUUUAAUACUGUUAUUGUUCUCGUCGAUUGUUGUUGUUCUUAUUGUUGUUGCAUUGUUUAUAACAUGGUCAUCUUCUCUCUCUAGCAGUUUGCGCGUAUUGUUCCCGUUUCAUACGCUGGUUUCACGUAGAGACGCUCAGACGGAGUGAGUGUUUUUUGUUUUCAGCUCAUGGUGGAUAUUAGUGCAUGGCAUCAGGAUGUGUGUUCAUGCGGUGGACAUGUAGUCAUGGUAUUAUUUUCCAGCAUGGAGUGAGCUAGGGAUGCACGAUAACUGUUUUUUCCACCGAUACCGAUAACCGAUAACUUCCUGCUUCUCCAAACCGAUACCGUUACCGAUAACCGAUAUCAGUUUUUUAAUAGUCUAUACUCACCUGACGGUAAGAAAGGCCAGGAUGUAGUGUGCAAAGAUGAAUUCAACAUCAUGGCUCUGCAUUAGACCUAAACAAAUAAUGUAUCCGACAUUGCUACAGCUGUAAUCACAAAAACAACAACAGUUCAGUCUCCCAAAAAAUAAAAACUUUUAUUACAGUUUUAAAAAAUCCGAAUGCAUCAGUCAAUACAAAAAAUAAAGUGCUUUAGUCAAUUCAAAAUUCUAAGUUUUUUACAAAACAACAGUCUCAGUGCAAUAAAGUCCUGAAAAGUGCAUCACGUGCAGCAGCAGAGAAUGAGGUUCCAGUCUGUCCUGGUCCUCUUUGCCUGCAGCUCAUCUGUGGUACCUGAGUGAGGAGCAAAGGUUUUUAACUUUUUUUAAAUGCCACAAGAUAUAAAUCCCAGAAUGUCAAUAACAACUGUGAUUGAGGAUUAAAACUUUACCCCAAGAUUAGUUCUCUUUUAUGUCAUUCACCUUAUUUAGCCAAUUCAGUUCCAUUUUCUAUUACUGACAGAUAAUAAGCAGCUACACUUUCACAUUUCAAACAGCAGCAUUACUAGAAUUAGAUUUUUGUACAGUCCCCAUCAAAUCUUGUAGAUGCCCCCAACUUUUCAGAAAAAAAAUAUUUAAAUGAUCUUAUCCUUUGAGCCGUGGUCCUCCUGGCUGCUCUCACUCUUCUCCCGUAGCCUUUCUGUUACUUCUCGUUUGGAUGUAGACGUCUCUGUCAAACUUCUUUGUCUUUUCAGAUGCCUCGUUGAUAGGUGCAAGACGGGCCCAGACGACUUCUUGCUCUCGGCUGGUGGUUCGGUAGCAUUAGCCGCAGCAGAUUUUCGUAUUCCUUCCAUACACCGUCGUAGUGAUGAUGAAACUUUAGGUGACUGAUGAGGUUCGAUAUAUUGUCUGUCACGCUCCUUUUCCCUACUCUCUGAACUUCGGCUGAACAUUUGUUGCAAAUUGCAAUCGCGUUGUCUUUGUCGCAGGUAGUAAUGAAAGCCCACACAGGUGAUGGAGGCGCCAUGUUUACCUGCAGGGGCAGUAGUCUGACGUCAUGGUCGUGACAACAGCAUGCAGCCUUAUUUAUACAGUGUGUGCAUGCAGCACAGGCAAGACGAAAGGGACCGUAAUCAGAGCAAUCUUGGUUUGUUUGAGUCGGCUCUUGUUAUCGGCAAUUUUUUUCAAUAUCGGACUUAUCGGUGUGACGUCAUUUUUCCCAAUAUCGAACCGAUAAUUAUCGGUGAGUGAGCCCAUCACCAUGUAUGACAAUAGUGGUAGUUUGCUGUACAUUUAAUGCCUUGUGAGAAAACAUACUCAUUGAAAACUCAAUUAAACACUGGCUGUAAUGUGA